AUGCCGGCCUCCGGUGACCACACCAGCGCUAGCCCGCACGUUGUCCUGCUCCCGAGCGCCGGCAUGGGCCACCUGGUCCCGUUCGGCCGCCUCGCGGUGGCGCUGUCGGAGGGGCACGGCUGCGACGUGUCCGUGGCCGCGGUGCUGCCCACCGUGUCGUCAGCGGAGUCCAUGCACCUGGACACGCUCUUCGCCGCGGCCCCGGCCGUCCGCCGGCUCGACUUCCGCCUGGCGCCGUUCGACGAGUCCGAGUUCCCCGGCGCCGACCCCUUCUUCCUCCGCUUCGAGGCCACGCGACGGUCCGCGCCGCUGCUCGGCCCGCUCCUCGACGCCGCCCAGGCGUCCGCGCUCGUCACGGACAUCGUCCUGGCGUCCGUCGUUUUGCCCGUCGCCAAGGCGCGGGGCGUCCCGUGCUACGUCCUCUUCACGUCCUCCGCCGCGAUGCUCUCCUUAUGCGCCUAUUUUCCCGCCCACCUCGACGCCAAUGCUGCCGCCGGCUGCGUGGGCGUCGGCGACGUCGACAUCCCCGGCCUGUAUCGGAUCCCGAAAUCCUCCGUCCCACAGGCGCUGCACGACCCCAAGCAUCUCUUCACCCAGCAGUUCGUGGCCAACGGCCGCAGCCUCGUCGCCUCUGACGGCAUCCUGGUCAACACGUUCGACGCCUUUGAGCCGGACGCCAUUACGGCCCUGCGUCAAGGCUCGGUCGUCUCCGACUUCCCGCCUGUGUUCGCCGUGGGGCCGCUGCAACCGGUGAGAUUUCAGGCGGCGAAUGAUGCCGCCCAUUGCAUGAGGUGGCUCAGCGCGCAGCCGGCGCGGUCCGUGGUGUACGUCAGCUUCGGCAGCCGCAAGGCCAUAUCGACGGACCAGCUUCGGGAGCUCGCUGCCGGGCUCGAGGCCAGCGGCCAGCGGUUCCUGUGGAUGGUGAAGAGCACCGUCGUGGACCGGGACGACGCCGCCGACCUCGGCGACCUGCUUGGGGACGGGUUCCUGGAUCGAGUGCAGGGGCGCGCGUUCGUGACCAAGGGGUGGGUGGAGCAGGAGGAGAUCCUGCAGCACGGCUCCGUCGGCCUUUUCAUCAGUCACUGCGGGUGGAACUCCGUGACGGAGGCCGCGUCGUUCGGUGUGCCGGUGCUGGCGUGGCCGAGGUUCGGCGACCAGCGCGUCAAUGCCGCCGUGGUGGCGCGCGGCGGGCUGGGCGUGUGGGAGGAGCGGUGGACCUGGGAUGGGGAGAAAGGCUUGGUGAGCGGAGAGGAAGUGGCUGAGAAGAUCAAUGCCGUGAUGGGCUACGAUGUGGUGGCGGAAAAGGCAGCCAAUGUCGGCGACGCCGCGGCGGCGGCCACAGCCAAGGGCGGCACGAGCUACCGGAGCUUGGCGGACUUCGUCGGGCGGUGCCGCGACGCUGGGCUGUGA